CCCGUCGUGAUAUCUAGCUCCUUUUUACACAGUCGGUCGGUUCACAAUCAUAGCAGCUGCUCCUUUAGCCUUCGGCUUUGUUAUGCCUUGCAAAACUAUCCUGAUCUUAACCACAUCAUCUUUCGUAUAGAAGGUCAUUCUACCCCUUUGUCAUCAUGGCAAGUACUAGCAAAGGAGCUUCCUCAUCAUCAACUCCAAUGCAUAAGGUAUGCUGUCCUGCCCAUCCACAGGCUAACCUGAUAGAAGACUCUCACGCAGGAGAUCUUAUCUGCCCAGAUUGUGGUCUAGUAGUAGCUGAUAGAGUGAUAGAUGUAGGAUCUGAAUGGAGAACAUUCAGUAAUGACAAGGCCAAUGCUGAUCCAUCCCGUGUAGGGGCAGCAGAGAAUCCUCUCCUUGAGGGUAAUGACUUGUCAACGAUCAUCGGAGGACCUCUAGGAACUGCCAGCUUCAACGAAGAUGGAACUAAGAAGUAUCGAUCAAAGUCAAACUUGAGCUCUACAAACAGGACUCUAGUAAAUGCCUUUCGUGAGAUUGGAGCCAUGGCUGAUCGUAUCAACCUACCAAAGACUAUAGUGGAUCGAGCUAUGACCCUCUUCAAGCAAGUCAAUGAUCAGAAAACAUUGAGAGGUAGAAGUAACGAUGCCAUAGCAGCUGCCUGUCUCUAUAUUGCAUGUAGACAAGAAGAAGUGCCAAGAACAUUCAAAGAGAUCUGUGCUGUGUCAAAGGUGAACAAACGUGAGAUAGGGCGCUGUUUCAAGCGGAUCCUCAAGGCUUUGGAAACAAAUGUAGUGCUAAUUACAACUAGUGAUUUUAUGUCCAGAUUCUGUUCAAAUCUAAGCCUACCUCCCAAGGUACAGAGAGCAGCAACCCAUAUAGCACGCAAGGCUGAUGAUCUAGACCUAGUAGCAGGACGAAGCCCAAUAUCAGUGACGGCUGCAGCAAUAUACAUGGCUUCACAAGCGUCAGAUGAAAAACGUUCACAAAAAGAAAUUGGUGAGAUUGCAGGUGUGGCCGACGUAACGAUAAGGCAAUCAUACAAACUGAUCUAUCCGAGGGCACAUGACCUGUUCCCACAAGACUUCCAGUUUGCUACUAAGAUUGAAGAUUUACCGCCACCUUGAUAAUCCAACACGUCUAUAAUAUAUUACCUGUUGUCUGAACUCAUGGUGCUGUUCCCAAGUUAUCAACGACUGUGCGAAUGACUGGUGAUCCUUUCUUCAAAGUGAUUGUUUAACAUUGGUUUGACUUUUAAAUAAUCUGAGCUAGAUGGUCACACUUUUCAUCUGUGUCUGUGAUAUGUUCCAAAAAUUAAGCCUUGAAAUAUAAAGUGACCGGAAACACCAUCUUAGUUUCAUCCCAUACAGUU